AUCAUAUGAAUUUCUCCUGAAAUUUAUGAGUUGUGAGUUGUGGUACUGAGCUAAGUGCCGAUUGAACCAUGAAUUUCAAAUCUCUUAAUCUUCUUCUCCUAUCCAUCACAACCCUUUUCUUGUUUCUCUCAAUUUCUACAGCCGAAGAAGAUCCAUUAUCUUCCUCUUCAAUCGUAUCAAGAUUCCAACGAUACCUUCAGAUCAACACCGUUCAGCCCAAUCCCCAAUACUAUGAAGCAGCCGAUUUCCUCAUUUCUCAAGCCAAAUCGCUCUCCCUUGAAUACCACACCGUCGAAUUCGUCGUGGGCAAGCCUCUCGUCCUCCUCAAAUGGCCUGGUUCGAACCCUAAUCUUCCUUCGAUCCUUCUCAAUUCGCAUACCGAUGUUGUUCCAUUCGAGCAUCACAAAUGGACGCACCCUCCUCUUGGAGCUCAUAUCGAUUCCCAUGGAAAUAUCUAUGCCAGAGGGUCUCAGGAUAUGAAGUGCGUUGGGAUGCAAUACCUCGAGGCUAUUCGGCGUUUGAAGGCUUCUGGGUUUGAGCCUGUGCGAUCUGUUUACUUAUCUUUUGUUCCAGAUGAAGAAAUUGGUGGCCAUGGUGGUGCUGAGAAGUUCGCUGAAUCUGAUGAGUUCAAGAAGUUGAACGUCGCCAUUGUUCUUGAUGAAGGAUUGCCUUCUCCGGGUGAGAAUUAUAGGGCGUUUUAUGGGGAGAGGAGCCCUUGGUGGCUGGUGAUCAAGGCAGUGGGAGCGCCUGGCCAUGGAGCUAAGCUUUAUGAUAAUGCUGCGUUGGAGAAUCUGUUCAAAAGUAUUGAGAGUGUGAGAAGGUUCAGAGCUUCUCAGUUUGAUUUGUUGAAGGCUGGUUUGAAGGCUGAAGGAGAGGUGGUCUCUGUCAACAUGGUGUCCUUAAAAGCUGGGACUCCAUCUCCUACUGGCUUUGUUAUGAAUCUGCAACCAUCCGAAGCUGAGGCUGGUUUUGACGUUCGCCUCCCACCGACUGCAGAUCCAGAGUCUCUCGAGAGACGAAUCACAGAGGAAUGGGCACCAGUUUCUCGUAACAUGACAUUUGAGUUUAAGCAAAAGGAGUCUAUUUACGACAAGUUCGGGAAACCAGCUCUCACCGCUAUCGACAGUUCAAACCCGUGGUGGAAUCUUCUUGAAGAAGCUGUGAGCAAUGCUAAUGGGAAACUUGGAAACCCAGAAAUCUUUCCCGCUUCAACCGAUGCCCGGUACUUUCGAAAUCAAGGUCUCCCUGCGAUCGGCUUCUCUCCAAUGGCGAACACUCCUAGUCUUCUUCAUGACCAUAAUGAGUUUCUGAACCAAGCUGAGUAUUUGAAAGGCAUCGAGGUGUACGAGUCAAUAAUCAAGUUUUAUGCUUCUUACGUCGGUCGCGACAACUUCAAAGACGAGUUAUAAGAAAGCAGCAAAACAGUGUCGGUCAAUCCAUCGAGCAUUCAUCGACAUUGUUCGGAUUUGCUGUGUGUCGAUCUGGAAGGAAAGGGAUCCAUUUCUGUUCCAUAAAUAAGGUCCAUUCAUGUAGUUUCAAGAAUCAGAAUUUGUGCUUUACUUGAAUUAUGAACAGUACUCAUCACUUUUGUUAAGGUCUUUGAUUUUUUUUUGGAUUUCAUAGGUGGAAAAGAAGUUCUUU